AUGUAUCGGUUUGAGGAUUCCCUACCGAGACUGCCAGUACCGUCCCUCGAAGAGACUUCCGCGCGCUACCUCAAGAGUCUACACCCUCUUCUCACCAAAGAGGAAUUCGCGGCGUCAGAAAAGGCCGUGGCCGCAUUCAAAGAGCCGGGGAGCCUAGGACAGAAACUACAAGAAAGAUUGGUGGCCAAGGCACAAGACCCAAAGGUCAAGAACUGGAUUAUAGAUUGGUGGAACGAGGCGGCAUACUUGGGCUACCGCGACCCCGUGGUGCCUUAUGUGUCCUACUUCUAUUCCUUCCGCGACGACAGACGGCGAAGAAACCCGGCCAAACGAGCGGCCGCCAUCACCACGGCCGCUCUCGAGUUCAAACGACAGUGUGACGACAAGAGCCUGGAACCGGAGUAUAUGCGUGGGAAGCCCAUGGCCAUGAACAGCUACGAGUACAUGUUCAACACGUCCCGAGUCGCGGCGAUUCCCUCGGACUAUCCCAUUCAAUACCCGGCCCAAGGCAACGAGCAUAUCAUCGUCAUACGGAACAACCAGUUCUGGAAGAUCCAGACGCACAUCAACGGGAAACAAAUCAACACCUCGGAGCUCGAACAGCAGUUCAACAAGGUGUACAAGGGUGCACAGUCCUCCGAUCCCAUUGGCGCCCUUACGUCGUUCCCCCGUGACCAGGGCGCCAAAGCCCGCGACAACCUUCUCGCAGCAUCUCCCUUGAACGCUUCCGUCCUGAAAGAGAUCGAGGCUUCUUCAUUCGUCGUAUGCUUGGACACCACGACCCCCAUCACCCUGGAAGAGCGGUCGCACGUCUACUGGCACGGAGACGGCGCCAACCGAUGGUACGACAAGCCGUGUCAAUUUAUCGUCAACGACAACGGCACAGCCGGGUUCAUGGGCGAGCACAGCAUGAUGGACGGCACAGCCACCCACCGUCUCUGCGACACGGUCAACGCGCUCAUCGUGCACAACAAACUCGACUUCGACAACCCGACCGUCCGCUCCGACCUGCCUGACCCGACCCCCCUAAAAUUCGAAACUUCCGCCGCCGUGCUGGACGAUGUGGCCACGGCCCAAGCGCAGUUCCGCAAAGUCAUUGCGCAACACGACCUGCGUGUCCAAGCCUAUCAGGGCUAUGGCAAAGGACUGAUCAAGAAAUUCAAGUGUUCGCCCGACGCCUACGUGCAGAUGGUGAUCCAGCUGGCCUACCACAAAAUGUACGGCAAGAACCGGCCGACCUACGAGUCCGCCGCCACGAGGAAAUACCAGGAAGGUCGAACCGAAACCACACGGUCGGUGUCGGACGAGUCCGUGGCGUUUUGUGAUGCCAUGGCCGAUCCGGCCGUGUCGCGCGACGAACUGGAACGGCUGUUCCGCGCCGCCGUCAAGGCUCACGUGGAAUACACCGCCGCCGCGGCCGAGGGGUAUGGCGUGGACCGACAUUUGUUCGGACUGAAGAAAUUGGUUAAAGACGGCGAAGAGCUGCCCGACCUCUACAAGGACCCGGCCUAUGCCUAUUCGUCCACUUGGUACAUCAGUACCAGUCAGUUGAGUUCCGAGUAUUUCAACGGCUAUGGCUGGAGUCAGGUGGUUGAUCAGGGGUGGGGGAUUGCUUAUAUGAUCAAUGAAAACAGUCUACAAUUCAACGUCGUGUCCAAAAACCUCGGCUGUGAAAGAAUGAGUUUCUUCCUCAACGAAGCCGCCAACGAUCUUCGCGACAUGUUGCUUCCGACGUUGGACUCGGGCAAAGCGGACCCCGUCAAGGCGAAGCUGUAA